AUGGACACAUCAGAAGCCGUCGAUCUCGCUCCCGCCCCGGCGAAGCAGGGCCGGCAGGCCAAUGGGGCGCACUCCAUCGCCAAUGCCAGGACAGAAUUUCGGUCCAAGGCGGAACUCGACCGCAUCCGCCGCUACAAGCAGGCCCAGAAGAAGUACGGCCGCGGGCCGCGCGUCGACAUCAAGAGCGUGCGUGACAAGAAGCUACGCCGCACUCUGACGAACCUCGAGAACAAGUACAAGACUGCCGCGCUCAAGGCCAAGGAGGCCGAGAUCCUGCUCGAGAACCAGACUGGCUUCCUCGAGCCCGAGGGCGAACUCGAACGGACGUACAAGGUUCGCCAGGAUGAGAUUGUCAAGGAGGUUGCCGUUGAGGUCGCCCAGAAGAAGUUUGAGCUUAAGCUUACGGAGCUGGGGCCGUAUACGUGCGAGUACAGCAGGAAUGGUCGGGACUUGAUCCUGGCCGGGAGGAAGGGCCAUGUCGCGACCAUGGACUGGCGCGAGGGCAAGCUGGGUUGUGAGCUGCAGCUGGGCGAGACUGUUCGGGACGCGCGCUUCCUGCACAACAACCAGUUCUUUGCUGUGGCGCAGAAGAAAUACGUCUAUAUCUACGACCACAAUGGUGUCGAGAUCCACUGCCUGAGGAAACAUGUCGAGGUGUCACACAUGGAGUUUCUGCCGUACCACUUUCUCUUGGCCACUCUGAGCAUCAGCGGCCAGCUCAAGUACCAAGACACCUCGACCGGCCAGAUCGUGGCCGAGAUCGCCACCAAGCACGGCACCCCCGUGUCGCUCACACAGAAUCCAUACAAUGCUAUCCUCCACAUCGGCCAGCAGAACGGCACCGUCACAUUAUGGUCGCCCAACUCGACCGACCCGCUCGUUAAGCUUCUGGCGCACCGCGGCCCCGUUAGGUCACUUGCCGUGGACCGCGAAGGCCGGUACAUGGUCUCGACAGGCCAAGAUAACAAGAUGUGCAUCUGGGACAUCCGCAACUUCAAGGAGGCUGUCAACAGCUACUUCACACGGGCGCCAGCCACUUCUGUGGCAAUCUCCGACACAGGUCUUACCGCAGUAGGCUGGGGCACGCACACUACAAUCUGGAAGGGCCUCUUUAACAAGGAGCGGCCUGUCCAAGUCAAGGUUGACAGCCCGUACAUGACGUGGGGCGGGCAAGGCCAAGUCGUCGAGCGUGUGCGGUGGUGUCCCUUCGAAGACAUCCUCGGCAUCGGGCACAACGAAGGUUUUUCGUCAAUCAUCGUCCCCGGCGCAGGCGAAGCCAACUACGACGCUCUGGAGGUCAACCCGUUCGAGACGAAGAAACAGCGCCAGGAGGGCGAGGUCAAGGCGCUGCUCAACAAGCUGCAGCCCGAGAUGAUUGCCUUAGAUCCCAACUUCAUCGGCAAUUUGGACCUGCGGUCCGAGAAGCAGCGGCAGGCGGAGCGGGAUCUGGAUCAGCCGGCGCAGGAUAUUGUCGAAGAGCUGCGCAAGAAGGCGCGUGGUCGGAAUACCGCGCUCAAGAAGUACCUGCGCAAGCAGCGCAAGAAGAAUAUUAUUGAUGAGAAGCGGCUUAAGGCCGAGGAGCUGUAUCGGCAGAUGCAGGAGAAGCGGGACGGUCAGACGAAGGAGAAGCAGGCCGAGGUGGGGCCUGCGUUGGCGAGGUUUGUGAGGAAAGAAUAG